CUUGCUUCUGCUCUUUGCUCUCUCUGUCUCUCUCUCUCACCGCUGACACAGAGUUCGUACUUCCUCGGCCUUUGGUUAAACCUUAGCUUGAUAGGUCGUUUGAACAAGCUUUCUGGCCCGGGAAGACUCAGUGUUGAUGAAAUGGUUCAGCUUCUUGCUUCAGAUUCCUCUCUGGGAUUUUCUUGCUGAUAAAUCUGUUGUACCGGAUUAGAUGAAGUUAGAGCUACUUAGAGUUGAACCGGGCGUCAAUGGGAGAGUCAGCAACAACUUCUUACUCGUCUUCUCCUUCAGGUUAUGGCAUUGGGCCGCCCUGGUUGUUUAGAGGAAGAGCAUUGUACCAGUUGCAUCUGGUUAAAGCAGAAAUCGCUCGGGCUUUCAUUCCGAAGGAGCUGAAGCUAGUUGAAGCAUUUGGGUAUACGCUAGGUGGGCUGUUUCUUGCUCACUAUGAUGACAGCCCGGCUGGAGUGUUUGAUGAGCUCGUUGUGAUUGCUGGCAUUGUGUGGAAUCCCCCAACAUCAUGCGCGUGGGCUUCUAGAGUGCUUGUGAACAGUCACGAGGCUUGCAGGCAUGGCAGGAAGGAAAUAGGUCUCCCAAGCCAUGUUGCUAUUUUCUCUAAGAGAGACGCUAAAGCUUCAGAUCAACCAUUAUAUAAGCAGAGAACGAGUUUUAUUCACUCUAAGCCAAAAGAACAUAGUGAGAUUCAAGUAUUAGAGAUGGAGGAUUAUUCUCAGACAUCCAUUUGCAACAUCAGUUUACCUUUUGCUGGUGACCGUUGGAUGGGUCCUAAGAUCAGGAUAUCACUUCCAAGCUUUAGUGGCCAGACUACACACAACCCUCAGCUUCUCAAGUACUCCUGCCAAAUUGAAUGCCG